UUCUCUUUCUUUUUCUCUGUCUCUCUGAUGUGCAGUCUCUCUAGCUCGCUCGGGACACUUGGCUCUCUCCACCUACUGUGCACAUCCGCUGUGCACAGCUCUACCCUCUCUCUCUAUUUCUCUCUCUCUCUCCCCUUUUCCUCUGUGUGCUUUCCCUCUCCUCUCAGUGUCUCUCUGGGUCUGCGUUACACUGACUCCUCCCGCCUGUGACUCGCCAUCCCUGCUUCUCUUGCCUGUUUCCCCUCCCUCUCCCUCUCUCUCUCUCUAUCUCUCUCUCCCUCUCUCACACUCCCUCACUCUCUCUCUCUCCAGGCUGCGCCUCAUUGGUGUGUCCUGAUUCCCUUUUUCCAUUAGGCUCCAGGCCCAUUGGUCGCCUGCCUCCCAACCAUUAUCUCCAGUCCUCCACCCCUCUGUCAUCCUUUCUCCCAUCGCUCUCCCUCCUCCCCUCAUUCCCAGUCAUCUCGCAAGUCGUAAAAAUGAUUUGCAUGCAGGAGGAGAGCAGAACUUUGCAGUGAACGCAGUAAGUGAUCGCGGAGAGAAGUAAAGGAAAGACUGAAAGGGGGACAGGGAGCGGAUUCGGGAGAGCAGGAGGAAAAGUUUACAGAGAAGACUGCAGUUGAAAAUGACUUUGGAGGAGACACGGUGAGCUGUUUCUGUCCGGCUGAGCAUCAUUCAGGCACAGUGGAAGCAGAGGUCUGGACCAAAGAGUCAGUGUCAACCGCAAACAACUUCAGAUGGAGCUGGAUGCAGACGAUAAGCGCCAUCGAACACGCUCUAAAGUGCCUGUGGAUCCAGCGUUAACAGAGCUUUUCAGUGUGUAUGGCUGCCCUGUGGCCAAGAAGAGAAAGAGUCUAGACAGACAAACCCUGGAAACCUCCCCCAAGAGGAGCAGCUACCUAGAUGACAUGGACAACUCCACAAUGGAGGAGUGCUACGAGACAGAUGGAACGGAAGAGAUGGACGACAGGGGGGGAGAGGAGGAGGAAGGAGCUGUAGAGGAGGAGGAGGAAGAGGGGGAAGUGGAGGAGGAAGAGGGGGAGGUGGAAGGCUACAUGGACUACAACAUGGAGCAAGUGGAGCACGAAGAUGGGGAGGUGGAUAGAGGAGAUGGAGAAGAGGAGGAAGAGGAAGAAGAGGAGGUAGAGGUGGAGCAAGAAGAAGAGGAGGAGGAGGAGGAGGAGGAGGAGGAUGAGGAGAGGGUGGACGAGGCAGAAGAGGAGGAGGAAGCAGUAGAGGAAGUGGACUAUGAAGAGGGAGAGGAGGAGGAGGAAGGAGAGCAGAGUCAAGGGCAAGAGGACGAUCAGAUGAGCAGCAGCGAGGGGGGCGAUGGUGGAGGUGGUGGUAGCAAUGCCAAGUCUGGCCUGACUACGGACAAGGACAACAACAACAACGCAGAGUAUGAAAACUACGAUGAACUCGUGGCCAAGUCGCUCUUAAACCUGGGCAAGAUCGCAGAAGAUGCCGCCAACCGGGCCUUGACGGAAUCUGAGAUGAACAGCAACUCCUCUAACAGUGCUGAGGAGGAGGAGGAAGAGGAGGACGACGACGACGAAGACGAAGACGAAGAGGAGGAGGAAGAUGAAGAAGAGGAGGAGGAAGAGGAUGAAGAAGAUGAGGGUGAAGGGGAUGAAACACAGAGGGGUGAUCUAAGUUUGGACAUUGACAGUGACGUAGUUCGGGAGACAGUGGACUCCCUUAAACUGCUGGCACAAGGUCACGGUGCAGUGUUGUCUGACAAUUUAGAUGGACAGGAGUUUGAGGAUGGUAUCACUGAGAAUGGGGGCGACACCGACUGUGCCCACAAUGGGGCACACAAGGGUGGUCAUGGACAAGUUAAGACCACCAGUAAUGGACAAACAGAGAACAGUGAUGAGGAAGUGUGUUUAAGCAGUCUGGAGUGCCUGCGGAACCAAUGUUUUGACCUGGCUCGGAAGCUAAGCGAAACAAAGUCCACUGACCGAAAUGGACUAUCCCAGCAAAAUCAUUUUCCCUGCGGGGAUCCCAAUCAACAGCCCCAGCACCAUGGCUAUGGCGAUUUCCACCAUAGUCAAGAUGACCGCCGGACACUCGACAGGAACUAUUCCGACAUGGACAAUCUCAUGAAGCUGGAGGAGCAGCUGAGCCCCCGCUCCAAAGCGUUCUCCAAUUGUGCGCAGGAUGACCGAUAUCACACCAACCACCGGGACUUUGAUGAGGAUACUGCCUCAGUGACGUCAGACCACUCAGAAGAAGUGUUUGACAUGACGAAGGGUAACCUCUCGCUACUGGAGAAGGCCAUUGCACUAGAGUCAGAACGCGCCAAGGCAAUGCGAGAUAAAAUGGCAGCUGAGGCGGCCAGGAGAGAUGGGGUGAGGUAUAACCAUGAAGACCAUGGCCCACGGCACGGCUAUGGUGUUGAGCGUAAAGCCCGCCUUCCUGAUGGUAUGAAGAAGCCUUUCUACCAUAAAGAUGCUUCUCGUGCGGACAAGAAGGAAAGUCGGUGUCCGACACCUGGCUGUGAUGGCACCGGUCACGUGACUGGCUUGUACCCACACCAUCGGAGCCUGUCUGGCUGUCCGCACAAAGACAGGGUGCCGCCAGAAAUUGUGGCAAUGUAUGAGAAUGUUCUUAAGUGUCCUACGCCUGGCUGCACGGGACGCGGCCAUGUCAAUAGCAACAGAAACUCCCACAGAAGUCUGUCCGGAUGUCCCAUCGCUGCAGCCGAGAAGCUGGCCAAAGUCCAGGAGAAGCACCAGACCUGUGACGGCCCCAAGUCCAACCAGGCCUCUGACCGAGUCUUAAGGCCUAUGUGCUUUGUCAAACAACUGGACUAUCCACAGUAUGGUUACAAGAACAAUGUCUCCACCAGCACGCCCCGCUCCAACCUGGCCAAGGAGCUGGAGAAGUACUCCAAGACCAGCUUCGACUACAGCGCCUUCGAUGGCAGCAACAACCACCAAGUGUACGGGAAACGGGCCAUCGCACCCAAGGUGCACGGACAAAGGGACACCUCCCCAAAGGGAUACGACGCCAAACGUUACUGCAAGAACUCCAGCUCGGCCAGCAGCACCACCAGCACCUACGCUCCCAGCAGCAGCAGCAGCAGCCUGAGCUGCGGAGGUGGGGGAGGGGGCGCGGGAGGACGGGGCGGGGGCAGCAGCGCCAGCAGCACCUGCAGCAAGAGCAGCUUCGACUACAGUCACGACAUGGAGGCCGCCCACAUGGCGGCCACGGCCAUCCUCAACCUGUCCACGCGCUGCAGGGAGAUGCCCCACGGCAUGGGCGGGAAGCCCCAGGACCUGUGCUCGCAGAGUCCUGGUCUAGAUGUUGAUGAGAACGGCACGCUGGACCUGAGUAUGAGCAAGCGCCUGUGCGGCGGCGGCGGUGGUGGUGGAGGAGGGGACUCUGUCCUCACCCCUCUAGAGCCCAUGUCCCCCCAGAGACAAGCUGCCCUGUUGGGCUCGCGCUGCUACGGCAUGGGGGAUGCCGCUGACUGCUGGGACCUGCCAGUAGACUACACCAAGAUCAAACACAUAGAUGAGGACGAGAAAGAGCCGGAUGACCUGGAUCCCUUCCACGACCUGCUGGACGACCGCUCCUACACCACAGACAUUAACAUGCCCAGCCCCAAGCCCAAGUACCUCCAGUGCAAGGAGAGUAAGAAGGACCUGAUCACUCUCUCAGGUUGCCCUUUAGCCGAUAAAAGCAUUCGAAGUAUGCUGGCAAACAACGCGCAAGAGCUCAAGUGCCCGACACCAGGGUGCGAUGGUUCCGGACAUAUCACUGGCAACUACGCCUCACACAGAAGUCUCUCAGGGUGUCCUCGGGCCAGGAAAAGUGGGAUAAAGAUCAUCCACAGUAAAGAGAACAAGGAGGACCAGGAGCCUAUCAGGUGUCCAGUCCCAGGUUGCGAUGGUCAGGGACAUGUGACCGGGAAGUAUGCAUCCCACAGAAGUGCAUCUGGAUGCCCCAUAGCAGCCAAGAGACAAAAGGAUGGCUAUCUGAACGGCAUUCAGUUCACAUGGAAGUCUGGCAAGACGGAGGGCAUGUCCUGCCCGACGCCCGGCUGUGAUGGCUCGGGUCACGUCAGCGGCAGCUUCCUGACACAUCGGAGUUUGUCGGGUUGUCCACGUGCCACCUCCGCCAUGAGGAAAGCACGGCUCUCUGGAGUGGAAAUGCUCACGAUAAAGCAGCAACGUGCCAGUAACGGGCUGGAGCAUGAAGAGGAGAUCAAGCAGCUGGAUGACGAAAUCAAAGAUUUAGGUGAAUCCAAUUCACAAGUAGAAGCCGACAUGAUUAAACUGAGAACGCAGAUUACAACAAUGGAGUCCAGCCUGAAGUCCAUAGAGGAGGAAAACAAGAAACCUCUGGCACACAAAGAGCCUCCGCUGAGGAAUAACAGCUGCUUACAGUUGCACCAGCAAGAGCCAAUAAGCGAGCAGAACUUUGACGCCUAUGUGACCACUCUAACGGAUAUCUACACGAAUCAAGACCAGUACCAGAGCCCAGAAAACAAAGCCCUGUUGGAAAACAUCAAGCAAGCUGUCCAAGGGAUCCAAGUGUAGCCAUCAAGUAAAGGGGGAUUUUUGUUCCCCCGUGUGGUUGGUGCAUCAAAUCCACAGACAAACAGGCAGUGGGGGUUUUAGCUCAUCGGUUCGGUGCAGUAUCUUAUAUAGUGUUAUAUAUUCUAAAUUCUGCUCUCUUAAAAAAAGAGGUACGAUGCUUGGAAAGACCUCAAGAUCAUUUAUUUCCGUCUUUCUUUUCUUUUUGGGUCUUGCUUUAAGGAAGAACAUUAAAAGAGUGAACCGCAAAAUAAUUUUUGAGGACAUUCACAUUUUGUACGUUUUCAUAUGAGCUGACAUAGUGUCAUGUAAUGUUUCUAGCUGCUCAUUUAUGCACAUUUUUAGUGUAUAUUUCUGAACAGUAAGCUAAUGAUAACAGAACGCGAGUUCUUUUUAUCAUUUGACAACAAAGCAUUUUAGAUGAAAAAAAAUGGACAGUGAAAUAAAAAUGAAAAGACUACAUGCAAGGAGGAACCUAGUUAUUUUUCUGCUCACUGGAUGAUUUUGGACUUGAUGAUUUUAAAUGGUUUUUUUUCUUCUCCUCCUCCUUCCUGUUCUUCUUCUUCUUCCUGCGUGUAGAUUGUUCAAGAACAAGAACUGGUUUGCAAAUUCUUUUAUUUUCUGAAAAUGCUUGAGAAAAAUUUGUGUUUUGUUUUGAUGAAAAAAAAAGAAGACGUGUAGCUGUAGGUGGGGGCAUUUUCAAUUGGUGCUGUAAAUGAAUCCGGAGGGGAAACUGACCUGAUGUUUGUAUGAAUGUAUGUAUGAACAGUUAUAUUGUAAACAUCAUUACACGGAAACCCGAUGGUGGAAUUCCCAUUAUCUAGGAGAGCCAGUUGAUUCCUAGAGGAACACAUCUGUGCGGUGCAUGCAUGUUCACAUGCUCAUCCUUAACUAAUCUCAAAUAGAAAAUGAUGUGUAAAGACAAUGACCUAGACGACAUUCUAGCCUUUCUAGUAUUAAAUCUGCUCAAUCUCGAGACCUGUGUUGCUAGGAUCAAGAAAUGUCUCAGCAAUACAAUAAUUAAAUCAUUUGUCUAUAGUAGGUACCGGAUGCAAUCUGCAAAGAAAAAAAAAGGUUGGGUAUAUGCAAUUUCUUGUUUAUAAGCAUAGCGGGGUAACGUUAAUCUUUUUAAUAUAGCCUAUGUAAAAUAUUGAUUUUUAUACAAAUCUUUUAAUACAAAAGUCUUUUUAAAAAACAGGAGGGAACCUGGACAUUGAGAUUUAAAAGGGAAAGUAUAUGAGUUCCACUUUUUUUCUGUACGAUUUUGCACAGGGACACCUUCGUUUCCAUGUUUUGAUGUUCUUACAGGAACUAAAAGCAGUACCCGAGCACCUAAAAAGGAGGGUUUCCGAGGGUUUUGUAAAGAGUAUUUAUAGAGUAUGACAGCGGGACUUACAGGGUCACUGUCCCCACUUAUGUGCCAGUAGACUAUUUGCACUUGUCCUUGAAGAUAUUAUCCUUGCGUACGGCGGCGUGCAAUUUUCCAGGGGACCUCUUUGGCACUCGAUUGGAGCGACCAACUGCUUGGAGCCACUGUAGGUGUGGAUUUAGUACCACUGAGAGAGGAGGAGGAACAGGGACUUGAAAUCAGAGAAGAGGAUGAUUAUAACUAUAGCAGUUAUAGGCUAUUAUGUAAAAACAUUAACAAUGUUCUUUCAUUUUUGCUAUGUUUUAGGAAGAUAAAGUUAUCCCCCAGCAGCACUUUAUAUCUAAUCACUGUACAAAGGGUUAAAUAGUCAAUCAAUUCAAGGUUUUUAAAAAAAAGCUGAAGUAAACAAAGGUCUAGCGAAAUGAGACCUUCGAGGGGUGAUACAGUCCAGCAUAACGCCUGUAUGCCUGACUGUGUUCACUCCUCCAUUCUAUUGUUCUAGUUGUUAGCGAUCAUAUUCAGAAUUUGCCUUUUCCGAGAGCUAAUGCAAAAGGUGCUUGUCGUUCACCUAAUUGAAUUUCAUCUAUUGUACUUUACUGUCCUCUUUCAGGACUCUACUACCCAUCAUCCAUGACUGCAUUCGCCUUUUUCCACAGCAUCGUGUCUGCAGCUUUUUGCCAAUAUAGUAAUGCUUCAGUAGAGUAAUAGCUAGUACCAGUUUUUGAAUUACUUCUCAUUAUCAGUAAAAGUGGAAAAGGGGUUUUAAAGCACAAACGGGCUGCUCAAAUCUGAAAAGAGUUAUCUGUCUAUAGGGAACACAAAACGGUUGUCGAGUAUUUAGAAUGCUGACUUUUCAUAUAAAUUAUUGUGAAUUCAUCAGAGUUUAUUAUUUUAUUUGAGCCAAUUCCUUUUGAGAUUGAUUUUAGUGACCAUUAACAAAGACAGGAUUUUGUAUAAACUAUUGUGCUCUCUGUGGAACUGAAGUUUGAUUUAUUUUUGUACUACACAGCAUGGAUUUGUUGACAUUUUAAUUUUGCUAUAAAUGUGUGAGAUCACAAGUUGCUGUGAUAUUUAAUUUAUAAAUUGUGAACUUUGUACAAUUUUUGUCAUGCUGGAUGUUGACACAUCUUAAUCUGAAUAAAGAAAAAAUGUGUUGCCAGAG